AUGUCACCUUCGAAACCCGUUGAGAUUCCCGAGUGGAUGACAAACAACUUUUUCACUGAUGCGAUCGCCAAAGCGCUUAACAUAUCGGAGGAAGAGUUCGCCAUUGAGCAGUUAGACGUGCGUGCAGCCACGGAGGCUGGAGAUAACUUCGUUUCCAUUAUGUACCGUGUGCAGGCAGCGGUAUUAGUGGGUGAACAGGAGCAUCGGAAUGUUUCGCUGAUCGUGAAAGCUCUUCCCCGUUUGGGUCUCUCGGAGGAGAUGAUUACGUCGAUGAACGUCUUCCCAAAGGAGAUGGCCAUGUACACCGAAAUAUUGCCGGCCUUCGAGCAGCUGUAUCACGAGCAUGGUGUCACUGUUUCUUUCGGUCCUCGCUGCUUGAAACACUGCACGGAACCGACGGACGUUAUUGUUAUGGAGGAUCUCAAAGAACGUGACUUCCGCAUGGUGAAUCGCCAGGAGGGACUAGAUUUGCAGCACUGCCAUACACUACUUCGACGAUUGGCUCAAUUCCACGCGGCUUCGGCUGUUUACUACGAACGACACGGUUCGUACGAUGUAAAAUUCAAAGAAGGAAUGUAUGCCGAAAAGAAUCGCUCCAUGUUUGAGCAGUUUGAAAAACAACACGGUGUGUUCAUGUAUGAGAACAUGUGCAAGUGGUCAGGAAAGGGGAAGCUUUAUGCUGAAUUGAUGAAACAUUGGGGCAUGGACAUGUUCGAUGCAUUGCUGCGCAUCACCAAACCUGAUCCGUCCAAGUUCAACGUUUUAAACCACGGUGACGCGUGGUGUAAUAAUAUGAUGUUCCAAUACCACGACCACGAUGGCGAUAGUGACCUCAUCAAAGAAAUAACACUCAUUGACUUCCAGAUGUGCAUGUGGUCUUCGCCGGUAAUUGACCUUCACUACUUCAUCUUUUCCUCCGUGCGCGGGGACCUGAAGCUCCGCGAGAUGGACCAACUAAUUCGCUACUAUUACCAGCAUUUGACCGAGAACUUGACCCUAUUGGAAUAUGGGGGCGUAUGUCCGUCGUUGUUGGAUCUGCACUCUGAUUUCAUCGAUCGUCAGCUGUACGGUUUAAGUACGGCUUUUUCCGUGCUUCCCAUUUGCUUGAUGGAAAAAACCGACAAUGCCUCCAUCGAUCUGAUGCUUGAUCAAGGAGACGCAGGAACGGCAUUCAAGGAGAAGAUGUACAACGGAUCGGCUUACGUCAAGCAGAUGGGUGCAAUCCUAGAGUACUUCCACAACACUGGUGCCUUCGACAUAAACCAGCUCGGAAUGCAGCGUCCUGCCGAGAUAGAAUGCGACAGCACAAUUUGCCUGCCAUUGUGGCUUGAUCGGCAGUUUUUCGAUGAUGUAGUACUCAGCAAGCUCGGAGCAUGCCCGCCUGGUGAACGACGCGUUAUCCGCGGCGUGCGCGUGGAGCUGGCAACUAAGAAGGGAGACAACUACGCAUCGGUUCUGUACCGUGCCAAGGUCGACGUUCAACACGGUCGCUCCGGAAUCGUGGAGAGUUUUUCAACGAUCGUCAAGGCACCCCCAAAGGGCGUACUGGCAGAACACAUGUCGUAUCUGAACUUCUCAGCGCGCGAGAUAAAGAUGUACCGGGAGCUGCUUCCUGCCUUUGAGCGGCUCUACCGCGAUAAGGGCGUCGACGUGCAGCUUGGUCCACGGUGUUUCAAGGUGUGCGAGGGCUUUCCGGCGGACGUGAUGGUGCUGGAUGAUCUGCUGUUUAGCGGCAACAAUCGCAUGGCGGAUCGUCGCGCCGGGUUGGACCAAUAUCACACGGAACUGGCGCUCGAGCAUUUGGCCAGGUACCAUGCUGCUUCUGCAGUUUACGUUGAUCGCGGAAAUGCACUUUCCAGUGAUUUCCACGGACUAGAAGCGGUUGAAAAUCUCAAGAAAAUGGGUGAAGAGCUUUUCCAGCCCAUGCUUGACAGCUUGAUAGAGUUCAUGGCCAACUGGGAUCUCGAGCCAACAUUCUAUGCCGACUUGAAGGAGUUCGCGAAGAACGCCUUUUGUGAAGUGGCUGCCAUCAUUACUCCCCGGGAGGAUCGCUUUAACGUGUUAACGCACGGUGACCUGUGGGUGAAUAAUAUGAUGUUCAGCUACGAUACCAAAGGUAACGCGCAACAGGCAUCCGCUGUCACCCUUGUGGACUUUCAAAUGUGCUGGUGGGCCUCACCGGCGGUCGAUCUACACAGUUUUCUGUUUUCCUCCGUGCAGGCGGAAAUAAAGCAACCGAUGCUCAACUACUUUCUGCGGUACUACCAGGAGAAGCUGGUUGACAAUCUCAUCCUGCUCGGUUACCGCAAGAGACUGCCGACAUUGCAGCAACUGUUCGUUGACUUCAACGAUCAUUUGGCAAUGGGAUUGAUCAGUGCCAUGAUGGCACUUCCGUUUGCGCUCGUUCCUGAUUGUGAAGAUGCAUCGCUUGAUACGGCCGUCGGAAACAGCACCGACGCAGGGCAGCGAUUCCAAAGGCAGCUGUUAGAUAAUGACGAGCUGAAAACGCAGCUUAAGUCGCUACUGCCCUACUUUCACAACCGAGGCGUGCCGCGCAAAGCCGAAUAAU